AUGUCUGCCACAUCAUUAGCACCACCUUUUCCCGCGGAAACUGUUAUCAGCUGUGUUAAUUUUCAAGAAACCAUUCAUGAUACACCUCAUUUCCGUGCAAACAUUCGAAGAUUUGAAGAACAUGUAGAUCAUUUUGAAAAAUGGUUAGAUGGAUUUUGGAAAGCUUUAAAACAAUACAUUGAAGAGAUUAACAAAUUCAACGAUGCAAGUAACAAUUUGGCAAAGCGUUCUUCUCCUACUGAAGAUUCAUUGCUAGAUAGCGAAUUUACCUUACCAACUGUGAGACUGUUUACAGAUAUAUUUCAAACCACCUUUGCAUUUAAAGCAAAAUUGGCUAAUGAUAUUGAUGAAAAGCUUUUACAACCGAUAAAUCAAUUUAUAAAAAAUGAUUUAAAGGAAUUCAAGGAAGUUCGCCGAGCUUAUGAUAAAGCACUUGAAAAAUAUGAUAGCAUAAUAGCAAAAUAUGCAUCUCAAUCAAAGACCAAGGAAGCAAGUGCAUUGCGAGAGGAGGCGAUAAAUAUGACUAAACCACGUCGUAAAUUAACAAAAUACACUGAUCAUGUAACCCCCAUAACAAUACAUAAUACACAAAAUUCAUCACAAUCCAAUCGUCCCCCUUCUCCAGCUGUAAGUCUCUCCGAUGUACCUCCAAAGCAAGGUUAUCUUUUCAUGAAGCCUCUUGGUGGAAAAGGUACUUGGACGAAAAAGUAUUUUUAUUUGAAAAAUGGAAUUUUUUGGUGGGCUUCUGUUGGAUCUGGAAAAAAUCGUUCCACAGUCGAGGAGAGUGAAAAAAUUGGUGUUUUACUUUGUGAAGUAAAGUUAGAUACAUCACAAGAUCGAAGAUUCUGCUUUGAAGUUGUUUGUGGUGCUAAACACUAUGUUCUUCAAGCUGAAACCGAAACUGAACUUAAAGAUUGGGUCACUACUUUUGAAUCUGCGAAGCGUCAUGCUUUCCGCUCAACAAAAGACAUUGCAACAUCCGCCGUUGCAGCUGUAAGUCCACAUAAAGAGUCAGAAGAUGAACAAAAUCAACCUACUACUGAUGAAGAACAACGCAAUGAUGAUGCUGCAUUAAAAUCUAAUGAAGGUUCCCAACCUGAUGUAUUAGAUACAAAAUCUUCCAAUCCUCCCGCAACAUUAUCUUCUACUUCCAGUGACUUAAAACAAAGUUCUUUAAACGUCCCAAAUACAGCAAAUAGAAAACGAUCAUCAUCCAUACCUAAUCCUCAAAGGCCACAAUUACUUCCUACUUAUACUACUUAUGGUGGUCCAUCCAAGCUACAUGGUUCUAGUUUACAUCUCAAUAACACUGGAAAUUUAGUUGUCCCGUUAGCAUCACAAGGUGUUGUCAAUGAAAGAAAUGCAUCAAGUGCUGGUCAACAAAAUUUCUGGGGAACUUUACAAAUGGGCUUUAUGCCCGCAAUGAAUUUGCUUAUAAAUACAGUUAAUUCAACGGAAGGUGAUGAGGAAGCUGGAGAUGAGACAAGCGGACGAAAGAGAUCAUCAUCUUUUAGAAGCAAAGGUGGUAGAUCUCGUAGUGGAAGUGGGCCUGUUGGAUAUGGUGCUGAUGGGUAA